UCUAGUAUAGAGUAUAGAAGCUGAAAAUCGGUCGCAAAACGAAUUCAAAUCCAAACCGGCAAAGUCUACUGGUAGCUGCUAGUGGAGAGCGAGAAAAACUGGGAAAAUAAAGGCAAACUAACAAACGCGGCAAGCUGUGAGUGUGUGCAUUGCGAGAUCGAAUUAAACAAAAAAAAGUGCGCAAGGAAGAACAAGCAAGCGAAAAGGAAUUCGUGAUUCUCGGCGAAUGCUCUGCGUCUCCCUUUCGCCGCUCUCUGCCCCCGUGCCUGUGCCAGUGUGUGUGUGAACGAGUCGAGUCCACCCGUGUGUGUGGCGGCGUGCCUGUCGUGUGCGUGUGUGCGAGCGAAUCUGCAAGAAAAGCAACGCCAAAAAAUAAGUAGAGAAGCGAGGAAGCGAUACAGCGCGUGUGAAUCAUCUCAAGAAAAGAACAGCUAAUCCGAGCAGCAGGAGCAUGGAGCAGCACGAGGACAACUACUUGCAAAACCGCCUCGCCGAGAGCCUGCAGAUAUCCGGCGGCGCCGGCGAGAACCAUUUGCUGCAUACUCUGGCGGAUUCCGCCGGCGGCGACCUCUCCGCCGCUCCGAAGUCUGAGCGGGACGGCGAUGGCGACGAGGACGAGGAGUGGAAGUACAUACACGAGGUGCAGCAGUCCGAGAAGCUGCAGCAGCAGGAGCAGCAUCCUUUGGACACGGGCAAUGGCUUUGGCCAGGAUGACCUCAUCCACGGCAAUGGUUUGGGCAACGGCCUGGCUGCCGCCGCCGCCGCCGCAGGUCUCAGUCUGGUCUAUGAAGAGGAGGACGUCGAGGUGAUCAAGCACGACGGCGAUCUCUCGACCAACUCCAACACCACCACAUCCACGGGCGAGGUGCUACAGCACCAGGAGGAGGAAGAGCAGCAGGAGCAGCAACAGCAGAUUGAGCUGGAGCCAGAGGAGCAGCAGCAAUUGCAGCAGGAGGACGAGGAUGAGCCCAGCUCGGUGGCCACUACAUACGGCACCAGCAGCCUCAGUGAGAACAACCAGGAGGAGCCGGAGCAGGAGCUGGCGCCACAGCCCACUGCUGGAGCCCAGCAGGAGCUGCUCCUCGAAGCUUUCGACAACAAGGAAAACGACGAACCCGCAGAGAGUCACGAGGAGAGUCACUCGCAGCUGAAUCCCAAUGCAGUAGCCUUUGUGCCCAGCUUUGGCUCCCAGCCGUCGUCGCCACUUCCCAACAACGCCGGCGAGGAGCCCGUACUGGGUCUGAAUCCUCGCCAGCUACUGGCUCCGCUGGACGAUUUGGUCGCCGAGAGUCCGCGCAAGGGGUCCGCCCGCGAAAACAUGGAUGCUAUUGCCGUGCCUGAUGAAAUGGAGUUUGACAUCGAGGCGGAUAAGCGUCCCCACGAACUGGAGCAGGAAUCUGACGUCUUUUUGGCCAGCAAUCUCGAGCAGCAGCUGCUCAACGGAGCCGGGAAUGAGGAGCCAGUUGAUACACUCGACCAUGGACCGGAGACCUGUGUGGACCUGGACGUUUCGCUGGAUCAGCUGCCCGCUGACGACGACGUCAUGAAGCAAUCGAUCUACGCCGAGCACAACGCCUCGAUUGAGGAAAUCCUAAACUCCGUUCAGCCGCUGCCCGAGGAGAUCGGUGACGAGAAGGAGCUGCUGCACGUGGAGGAGAAGGAACAUGUAUCGCAGUCUCCCUCCACUGAGGAGCUGCAGUUCCAGCAGGAGUUCCAGCAGGUGCGUCACCAGCCGCCCUUCUUUGGCGGCGCAGGCGAGGAUCCUAUGCAGGCAUCUUUUUAUUUGGAGCACACAUCGCUGGAGGCGCAGAAGGAGCAAGAGCAUGAGCUGGAGGAGCAGCACCAACAGCCGGCUGACACCUCCGAUCCCUUUGCCGAACAAAGCCUGUUACUGGACACCAGUGCUCCGGUGUUCAGUCCUGAGGCCCAUGAGCCUGUGGCCAAGUUGGAGCUGGAAUCGCAGCAGGCCGACAUAGUGGACAUCACACCAUCGCCGCUCUCGUCCACCGAAGAAAAGCAUCUGGUCGAGGACACCAAGGAGCUAGUUGAGGAGCCAAAAAGCGUGGAAAUCGAGACAGAACUCCUUAAGGAGCAGGAUUUGGAGCUGGAAUCCAGGCAGGAACCUACUCUGGAGCGUCAUUUGGAACAGGAUACCCAUAUAUUUGAGCCCUUCUCGGCCGGAGCUCCUCCCCAGUUGGAGGAGUACGCUGCCUUUAAUGCAGCUCCCGGCUAUGAAGCUCAACACGAUGAAGAUACUGUGCCAGUCGUGGAACAGGGCAUUAAUCCAUUUGCCCAACCCUUCACGCCCGCCCUAAACUUGGCAGCGGCGGCGGCUGUGGAGUUGGAGGAGCCAAUAGCCGCUCAUUUCGAACCGGAAACACAGGCAGCUGCCAAUGGCUUCAAUGAACUUCAGUUGCAGGAGGAGCUCGUGGAGGAGGAGCAGUACAGGGCCAAGCCAGAUUUUGAAUCCGAGUACUUUAAUUUGGGCGACAAGGUGCAGGCUCAGGCCACAGAGGAUCAGCCACAGGAGCAAAACUUUGUUAUCCCUCAGGAGCAGCAGUUUUCCGCUCCCGAAGAGCAAGUUUUACCACCCAUUGGAGACUUUGUGGCUCAGGAUCCACAGGAGGAUUUGCUGCCCGUUGCUAAAGAGUUUGUGGAACAGACCACUGCUGCUGCCGCUGCUGUUGCGGCUGCUACUGCUGCAGAGGAGCCUGUGCUUUCCCAGACCGAAGAAGCUGUGCUUCCAACUACCGACGAUCUUCCUGAAAGCGAAAAGUAUGAAGUGCAGGCCGAGCCUGUGGCCGAAGUUGCUGCUGUUGCCACUGCCGCUGCAGCUGCUGCUGUGACCGUUGCCGCUGUGGCUGCUGCCACCAAAUCUAAGGACACCAAGCCCAGUCCCCCAGAGGCCAAGAAGCCAGCGACCAAGGCAGGAGCCGCGGCCAGCAAGCCCAAGCCAGCAGGUACAGCAGCCUCCUCCACGAUCAAGAAGACCACAACCAGUUCGACUACGACCUCCAAGACGGCUACCGCUCGUCCUCGUACCGCUCCCGUUGCCACCGCCAAACCAGCGACGUCGGCUCCACCAACUGCAGCCAACCGGAAGCCAUUGAGUAGCAGUGCCGGAACCGCAGCUAAACCAUCGGCACCCAGGACAGCCUUGAGCAGCACAUCGACACGACCGGCCACGGCUCCGGUGAGCAAGCCGGCAGGUGCGGCAGCCAAGACCACAGCCACCAGGCCGACGGCAAGUGCUGCCAGGACAACGGCUGCUGCUCCACGCCCAGCCUCCAGCACCACGGCUCGCAAGCCGGCCACAAAUGGAACCGGAACGGGAACAGCCACCGGAACAGCAGCUGCCCGGAAGCCGGCCACAAGUGCACCAACCAGCACCAGAUCGACUCUCAGCUCGUCGGCUGCCGCACCCAAGCCACGCUUGGCGGCUGCCUCGACAACAGCGACAGCCACGGCCAAGCCAAAGGUUCCCUCACCACGCGCCGCCAGCACCUCCACAACCGUGCGCAAGGUGGCCAGCACAAACGGAACUUCGCUUUCGGCUCGCAGCCCCACCAAGCCGACCACCAACGGAUUGGGCACUAAGACCAGCAGCUCCACAACGACCACCACCACAACUACAACGAUCACAAAGACUUUUACGGCACGCCCGGCUCCCAAGUUCAACCAUUCGACGGCCACCAAUGGAAGCUCGACCGCUCGACGACCACUGGGAACCACCACCAGCUCCAGCUUGACAGCAACCACGGCGAGGAAGGCAUCGCCUCUGAAGGCAUCGCCCCUGAAAACUGCCACCACCAAGCCGCUGACACCGAAAGCCAAAGAAAGCGCCACCGCUGCCAAACCAUCGCCGGCUGGACUGAAGGCGCGCAAGUCGACACCGCUAAAGGGAUCCACACCCACUCCCAUCAAGGCACCAGUUGCUGCUGCUGCUGCUGCUGCACCGCCGGCCGAGCCCGUUGCAGCCACCAAUGGAGCAACCAAGGAGGAGGAAGUUAUCAAGCAGAACGGCAACGGUCUGCACGAAGUGGAGGAGGCCCAGGAAAUCCAAGAGCAGCCGCAGGCCGCUGGCGCUGCCGAAGUGUCCCUGCUGGAUUUCUAGAGGAGCCCAGCGAGAUUCCAGAAGUAAACCAGAGCUGAAACUACUUUACUAAUAUUAUAAAACAUAUUAAGCAAAAGUAUUUAGCGCGACAGCCGAAAGGGAAAUUGAAACAAAACAAAAAAAAAAACGAAACAAACGAACAGAAAAGUAGAACUGAAGAGGAUGCAACCGGCAGAGGCGACUCGGAAACUAAAUUGUGAAUUGCUCUUCAUUCAAGUUAACUUGUGAGAUCGAUGACAUCUUCGACAUUUCUUGCUAAAUAUAUUUAUAUAUUAUAUAUUAAUGUAUGUUGAUAAAGUAGAGCGAAGGUAACUUUUGUGCUACGAUUGAAGAAAUAAUUGCGACAGCGUGUGCUCUGUUUUUUCUCGCUCAUUUAUUUAAGAAUUUUUUAUAUUUUUAGUAAUUGUUCCUCCACCACGCUCUGUUAUUUUUUUGCUCAUGUUGUGCUAAAAUUUUCGUAUCUUUGUACUGUGUCAACGAACCGCGUCGAGAAAAACAAUUGUCAUUAUGCAUACUUUUAAAGAAAACCCAUUAAUGGAAUAAAUUCCAAAAAGAAAAAGAACCGAGAAAAGGUGGAAGAAGAACCAGAAGAAAAAAAAAAAAAUUGAGAAUGAUAAUCCAAGUUUAACUGUAGCUAUUAUAGUCGGCGUCCUAAAACGUAAAUAAACGACAACUAAACAAAACAAAAAACAAAAAAAGAAUCAAAACUAAUCCAACAAAAAGGCAACGUAUGUAAUUUGCGCAGCUGAAAAAAAUGUAGACUGCUAACCAGUAAAAAAAAAUAUAUAUAAAAAAAAAAGAAUUAAUAAGAACCUUAAAUACUGAUCAAAGAAGAAUUGAUGUGUUUUCACUCUGUACUUCCCAGCGCACCCUUGGAUUCUACAUGUUGUAUACGUUCCUCCAAGUUUUACUUAAAAACAACACCCAAGAAUUGAAAACAAAAACAUGUUGUAGCACUCGAGACAUUCUUACUUAUUGGUUAUAAACAAAAAUGAAAACUCUUACCCCAGUGUAUUAUUAUAAUUUCAUAAAAAAAACAAAGAAAAACAAAAAUCUCUGAAUGUUUUCUGUUUUAAAGGCUUCUUUUAUAUCCGUUUUUUGCUCCUAUGUUUUGUGACCCAUUGGUCCAAUGUAUUAUUAUUUUUUAAUUUGUUAAUUAUGCCACACGAAGAAGAGAACAUCAACAUCAUCAAUAAGCAGAACAUUUAAUGUAACUCCAGCACCCACUCUAUACACACCACACCCUCUUUCUCUAUAUACAUAUUGUAUGUUUAAAACGAUAUUACCAAUUAAAAAUUAAACAAAAACGAACAACAAAAAAAAUACUUAAAAACAAAA